AUGGACGCUUUGGAUUGUCUGGCCAGGCAAUGCACACAGUUCAGUGUAACUCUGACAGAAGUGGCCUAUAUGGUCUGCGACUUCUUCAGUUUGGGGUAUCUGUUGGACAUACUCUGUGAUGGCCUCAGCAGCAUGGUGCUGGCGCUCGCAGAUAUAUCAGAGGAAGAG